CAAUAAGCUAUACCUAGCUUGGACAAUGUUGCACAGCCAAGUGGAUGCAUCAAAUGCAGAUGGGCAAAGUGAGGAAAUUGCAGUCGAGAACUCACAAUUGGACAUCAAAGUCAAUUGUUCUGUGCUGAACCCUCAGCCAUCCGAAGGUAAUACACCUUUGCCCAAUCUCCAGGCAUCGGACUUAGUUCAACAAGUAGAAACCACCCAGGAUGAGACCUUUGAAGUGGUCUGCAACCUUCCCAGCUUACCGAUUGAUGCACUUCUCUCACCUUUCAAUAUCAUCGAUCGGUUGCGAAAGAAUAUUGAGGUGAGGGAACUUUUACCUUUUCAGUGUGGAAUAGGGGAACUUUCUUUGUUUGGCAAAGCAGAGCCAUCUUUUUGGUCAAAGUGUGAGAGUUCCGAAGAAAGCCGAAACAAAAUGCCGUACUUUAUACCGGAACUAGAAAUGGCCUGUGCCGACUCAAAAGUUGAGCAAAUAGAAAAGGUAGCUGAGAAUGAGGAUACAACUAAACUGAAGAUCGAACUACCAAAAAUACAACAAGUCAAAGAACCUAAUUUAGUAGUGAUGAACGAAUCGAAUUUGGCUCCGAUAGAAGAACAGAAUACCACGAAGUUAGACGAAUUCAAUUUACUUGAGAAAAAAGAGAUAGGAUUGCCCAGUAAUGAAGAAUCUGUUUUGCCAGAAAUUAAAGAAAUAAGAGAAUCCAAAAGUGAACAAUCAGAUUCCCAAGAUCCCCAAGGACAACAACUAAAAUUACCUGGCAGCGUAGCCACUAGAACUCUACAGAUCGAAGAAUUGAUUGCUCCAUUAGUGGAAAAAGCAAAGCCAGGACCUAAAUUUGGUAUUAUAAGUUCCCUGGUAGGAAUCAAGGCAACUUGGACACCUAAUGUCAGGCUUUCUUUUGGGGAUAGACAAAUAAGGUGGACGAAAACCCGCCCCAAGGAAAUUAUUCAACAGGAAGCCUCCAGAUCACUUAAGGCACUUAUCUUGAGCUUGAAUAUGCUCAAAAGGUUAGAGUCAUCUUUUAAUGACAAUUCUCAUAAGAACAGAUUGAAUCGAUUUGAAAGAAUUAGGAGCUCAUUAAACUUUUCAAGAGUGUUUAGGCAGAAUAUAUUUCAACUGACUCCAGCUGCAGAGAGCAGCCGAAAAGAAGUUCAAGAAAAUUCGAUGGGCUGCGGAGAACCCAUGAUGAGAGGUCCGAGUAAGGAACCAUCACUCCCCAUAAUGUACAGAAUUGAUGCCAGUGAAGGACUGACUUGCAAUGGCUUGAAUGUAAGCAAGGAUUCAGUUUUUAGUGAGGUAUCCGAAAGCGAUGAUUCGGAAGUCCAAAAUAAGUCAUCUCAAGAAGUAAUUGGAUUACCAAAAACUAUAGCCAAUAUAGCGGACACUCAACAGAAUGGAAGGAUACUGUUUAGCCAACCUGUAAGGCUUUUCUGUUUCAAUAAACUGAAGGAGUGGAAACGGCAAGGUAAAGUACCAGGUUCCGUUGCAAACCCUUACCGUUCCCCCUCCUUCUCAGGCGAGGGUCAAAUCGAAAUCUGGGAGCUCCACGGAUUCUACUACAUAAUACUACAUGACCGAAUCACUGGAGAACUCAUCAUCCACAUGCGGGUGGACAAAAAGUGGCGCAUCGACUACAUGUCCAAUAGUUCGUACAGCUGCCGCUGGACCAAUAUCAACUACGCCUCCUGCCGCAAGGGAACCCUGGAGAGGAUCGCCUGCUCCUUCCGGGAGCCCAGCCACGCCGCCGAGUUCGUCGCCAGGGUCCGGAACAGUGCGCUCCUAUCUCGCUUCGCAUAGUGUGUUGAAUGUCACAUUUUGGUUUUCCAGCAUUCUAGUUGAUUUCCCAGUGAAAUCCUUGGUGUUUCUUGCGUUUGGGGGCAUGCUUCAAGCUGAUGAUAAAUUAUUGUGGUAUCUUUAAAUAUAUUUUGUAAAUAUUGCUGUUCAAGUAUUUAAAAUUAUAGCG